AUGAAUGAAGAACCUAAAAUUCAUGCUGCACGGAAUCUGGAUUCUCUGUGGAAGUCAAAACAAAAUAGUAACAUUAAUCAUAAAUCUAGUUCAAAUGAAUUGCCAUUAGCCACUAAAAGGCUGAAGCACCACGAACUUAAAAAACAAUCCAAAAUUACAGCACAAGGUGACAGUGGCAAAGACUUACCAGCUCUGCCUUGGAAGAUCAUUUCUGUGGUGCUGGGCAUCUUGUGUCUUCUUCUGUUGGUCACAGCCAUUGCAGUACCUCUUCUUGCUGCAAACUUGUCUUCUAAAGAAACACCUCUCACAAUCCAGCAAAGAGAUUGUUAUUCUUGCCCUACAAAUUGGAUUUGGUUCAGAUACAGCUGUUACUACUUCUCUAAGGAGAAAUUAACCUGGAGACAGAGUCAAGGUGCCUGCUUGUCUCAGAAUUCCACCCUCCUGAAAAUAAACAGGGAGGAGCUGCAUUUCUUCUCUUUAAAAUCUUUCUUUUGGAUUGGAGUCUACUAUAAUGGAAUUGACAAGAACUGGCUGUGGGAAAAUGAUUCAGCUGUGUCCUCUGAUCUCUUUGACCUUGCUACACAUCCAAAGGUACAAGUCUGUUUAUCUUACAAAUCAAGAGAAGCUUAUAUGGCUGACGAUUGUGAAACGAAGCAGAUCUACAUCUGUAAGCAUCACCUUAUUUAA